CCCAAUACUUUAUACAGGAUUUAAAAGAAGAUCUAGCCUUACACAAAGUGAACCAAUCAGAGAUGAGGCUUCUGACAACCAUUGUCGUCAUCGUUCUUCUUACAACAAUCUCCGCUAAGCGAGGAGGUUGGCGUCAUGGUCGUAAAGGCGCUCACAGUGACAGGAGACAGAGAGGGCCGGUAAGGAUACCCAGGUGGUACCAUCACGUCAACCAUAAGCAUCCCAACCACAAACACCUUUCCUCUGAAUCAGAUCAGUUCUCAUCGGAAUCAUCUGAAGAAGUUGUUGCUACCAUUAAGCCUGUGACAACGACAAGCACUGCGGCCACGACUACUGCUAACAGAACCACUGCCGUCAUGACCACUGCUGCCACGACUACUGCUAACAGAACCACUGCUGUCAUGACCACUGCUGCCAUGACCACUGUCACUCUGGGAAACAGGACCAUGCUUACUCCUCAACCAGGCACAGUUGUGGUAGAGACCAUGCCCCCGGCAGCAACACCGACGAUGCCUAUUGCCACAUCACUCAGCAGUGUGACUCACGGUGUUACUGAAGCGACUCCAACUGCAGCUCCCAUCACAGAAAAAAGAGGAGACAUCUAAUUGCCAAUCCUGUUAACCAACUGCAAACAACUAUCCACAGUUCUAUUAAGGCACUGUCAGUUUCAGGAUGUUAGGUCAAACUAUAACUAUCAUCAUUUCCGCUUGCCCUCAGACCAACAGAGAUGAGGCCUGCUUUUAUUCACAAUAAACAUUCAGACAGGAAAUUGUGCGCUAGAAAGAAUGUCUUUGUUUGUUGAAUUUGGAUGAAUAACAUGAUCAAGUAAUA